AUGCGUGGUGAAUGGAAUGGGCUACAAGCUUCAUUUCUUAGAGAAUGUCCAUAUGCAUAUUAUGUGCAUUGCUUUGCUCAUAAGCUACAAUUAGCUUUGGUUGCAGCGUUUAGAGAAGCAAAAUCUGUUCAUCAAUUCUUUGAGAAUUUGAAUUUUGUCAUCAACAUUGUUGUUGGUUCUUCAAAACGCAAUGAUGAAUUGCAAUCUGCUCAAGUUGCUGAGAUUGAAAGUAUGAUUGCUUCUAAUGAAAUUGAGACUGGAAGGGGGGCAAACCAAAUUGGUACUUUGCAACGACCUGGAGAUACUCGAUGGUCUUCUCAUUUUGAUUCUGUUUGUAGCUUGAUAAGAAUGUUUCAUGCUACUUGUUCAGUUCUCGACAUUAUCUCAAAGGAGGGAACCAACUAUUCUCAACGCAGUGAUGCUGAAGCGGCUUAUAUGAGCUCGAGUAGAUCAUGUCGCCAAAAUGAAGAAUCUUCCAUGACAAUGGAGCAUCAUUUUAGAAUUGAUGUAUUUAUUACUGCAAUAGACUUUCAAUUGCAAGAAAUAGAUAAUAGAUUUAGUGAGCAUGCAGUGGAACUUCUUCGUCUUAGUGCCGCUUUAAGCCCUCAAGAUGCAUACAAAUCAUUUAAGAUCAAUGAUAUAUGCAGCUUAGUUAAGAAAUUCUAUCCUCAAGAUUUUAUUGAGCAAGAGAAAAUCAUUUUGAGAUUUCAAUUGGAUCAUUAUAAGCUUGAUGUGCCAAAACAUUCAGAUUUUCAGAAUAUGUUCACUUUAUCUGAGUUGUGCAGAGGAUUAGCAAUUUCAGGAAAAUCGAAGAUUUAUAAUUUGAUUGACAAGUUGAUUCGCCUAGUGUUGACUUUUCCUGUUUCUACCGCUACUACUAAACGAGCAUUUUUUGCCAUGAAACUUGUAAAAACUAAAUUACGUAGUAGAAUGGAAGAUGAGUUUCUAGCAGAUAAUUUGGUAGUUUAUAUCGAGAAAGAAAUUCUUAAGGAUUUCAUGACAGAGGUGAUAAUGGAUGAGUUUUAUUCCAUGAAAAACCGUCAACGUUGA